ACAACAGCUGGAAAAUAAAAAAUGACAGCCGUAAAACAAAACCAUUUGUAAUUUUAUUACUGAGGAUUUAGUUGCAUUUUGCUUUAACAUUUGUUUCACAAUUUGUAAACUUCACGGCAUUGUUGGAUAGUUAAUUUAUUUACUACAUUCCUCUAGUUUCGUAACUUUGUGAAUGUGAUGUGAAGUUUGUAGACUCCAGCAGGAAGGUUAUGCAAAGCAAGGGAAAUAAACCAGUUUGAGGUUUUAAAAACGUGGUGUUCUCUGCCGCUAUCAGUAAACCGGCAUAAAAUAAUCUAACUACUUCCUAUAAGUUAUUAAUCUAACUGUGUUAUAAAAUGGCUGCACCAAUCAAAGUUGUUGUUACGGGCGCUGCAGGUCAAAUUGCCUACUCCCUUCUGUACCAGGUUGCUUCUGGUGCUGUAUUUGGCCCAGACCAGCCUGUAUUUCUCCACCUUCUUGAUAUUGCUCCCAUGAUGGGAGUUUUAGAAGGUGUUGUUAUGGAACUUGCAGACUGUGCUUUACCACUUCUCGCCGGAGUCCUACCUACUGCUAACCCUGAGGAAGCAUUUAAAGAUGUAGCUGCCGCUUUCCUUGUUGGUGCCAUGCCAAGACGGGAAGGUAUGGAGAGGAAGGACCUCCUCUCUGCCAAUGUACGCAUUUUCAAAGAGCAAGGUCAGGCUCUAGACAAAGUUGCCCGUAAGGAUGUAAAAGUCCUCGUGGUCGGUAACCCUGCUAACACAAAUGCUUUAAUCUGCUCUAAAUAUGCUCCAUCCAUUCCUAAGGAAAACUUCACAGCCAUGACCCGUCUCGAUCAGAACCGUGCCCAAUCUCAGCUUGCUGCAAAAAUUGGUGUUCCUGUCCAGGAUGUCAAGAAUGUAAUUAUUUGGGGAAACCAUUCAUCCACACAGUUCCCUGAUGCAUCGAAUGCUGUAGUUAAAGUUGGUGGUGCAGAGAAGCCUGUCCCAGCAGCGAUAAAUGACGAUAACUACUUAAAGACUACCUUUGUUUCAACUGUCCAGAAGCGAGGUGCUGCUGUUAUAGCUGCAAGGAAAAUGUCAUCUGCAUUGUCGGCUGCCAAAGCAGCUUCUGACCACAUGAGGGAUUGGUUCCUGGGAUCUGGUGAUCGUUGGGUGAGCAUGGGAGUAAUUUCUGAUGGAUCAUACGGAACACCCAGAGAUGUUGUGUACUCAUUCCCUGUCACUACUAGUAAUGGAAGGUGGAAGAUUGUUGAGGGUCUCACUAUCUCCGAUUUCGCUCGUGAAAAACUUGACUUAACAGGCAAGGAGCUAGUUGAAGAGAAACAAGAUGCUUUGGACGUCUGCAAAGAUUAAGAAUGUUAAUUUAAGAGGAAAUUUAUAUAUGAAGCAUAACUGUAGAUAUACUGCAUGUCACAAUGAUAUUAUCGGCAAUAAUUUUGUUUUCGUUAUCUCAAAAAAAAAUUGAUAAGUUCACACAGCAGAUUAUAUUUUUUUAUUUUAUAUAGGUAAUAGAUAUAUAAAAUAGUAGAUGAGUAGAAAUAUAAUCAGUUGAUAUAAUUUAUGAUUUUUAUCACUUGUAAGUAAUAAAUAUUUUAUAACUUUU